AUGACCUUCAUUAAACUCCGUGCGAGAGCGCCGCUGCGUCUCAGCAGCCUCCGAUCCCCACGCCUAAGCUCCUCCACACUUCUCCGGAGCUUAUCUACCCGAACAACAGGGACCAUUCAACAAAAAAACCCCCGAGUCACAGCUGUACUCCCUCAAUCAAUCUGCAAACUGCCAUCAACACCAUCGCUGCGUGUAAACUGCCUCAGCACGCCCCUCUCGCGUCAGUACAGCACCGAGACAACAAAGCCAACCGCAGACACCUUAAUCGAGGAGCUCCAAGAUCUCUACGAAAUAGCCAAAGACGAGUUCGAAAUCGCAACCGAAAGCACCGACGGCGGCACAAUUUACGCGGCCUCAGACCGCGACUCCGCCCGUGACGCUUUAAACGAAUUCUGCGCGACCUACUUCCUGUAUACCUGCCGUCCGGGAGAGGAAGAUACAGGUGUGGUUUUACGAUCUGGGGAGGCUGUGAGUGGCAGUCGGUUGCUGGAGGCAGAGGUAGUGACGCUUGGCGAGGAGGAAGGCGAGGGCCCUGUUGUUGAUACUAAGUUUGACCCUGCAAGCGUGGAAGUGAGUGUCAGGGAUGAGGUUAGAAGACGGAUUGGGCAGCGGGUCAGAGAGUUGAGGAAUGCUGUUGAGCUUUUGGAGGAAAGAGCUCAUUCGGAGUGA